AGAAAGCUAAUUAAGUCAUAAGCCUUAGAAGCACGAGGACUCAUCCCCUCUCUUCUCUCAAAAUCAAUUUUGGGUCAAAAUGUCAAAUUGGGUUUGGAAAAAUUUCUCACGUCUGCUCCCUCUUCCCCAAGACUCAAAAGGAGCUAUGUAUGGAAAGUAUUGGAGAUUUAGAAGGAAAGAUUUUGGCGAUACUUGGAGACGAAAAUGGCUGAGGCUUUUGCUGCUGAGAUCCACAAAGCUUGUUUUCUACAAAUUCAAGGUACUUGCUUACUCUUAAAAAUUAUGUGAGGAGUAGAAGCCAUCCAGAAGGUUUAAUUGCAGAGGGAUAUUGGAUAGAAGAGUGCAUGACAUUCUGCUCAAGAUAUCUACAUGAUGUGGAGUCACAGUUAAAUCGGCCUUUAAGAAAUUAUGGUUUGUAUAGUGAGAUUCCAAAUCAAGAGGGUCGUCAGUCAACUAAAAUAGACGGGUUUACGCUUGAUGACAUUACGCAUGCCCAAGCACACAUAUAUGUUUUAUUUAAUUCUGCUACCAUAACGCCAUAUCGCGAUGAGCAUAUAAAAGAAAUCAAGAAGCAAAAUCCUCGUCUAUCAAGCCAUGAUGUGGAUCAAAUUCACAAUGAAAAAUUUCACAUAUGGUUUAGAAAACAUGUUGAGAAGAUACAUAAGGCAGGUGAGCAAAUACCAGAAGAAAUUCAAAAUCUAGCUAUUGGCCCAUCAAAGCAAGCAAAAAGGAUGAAAGGAUAUAUAAGUAAUGGAGUUAGAUACUUAACAAAGUCUCGUGAUGCAAAGCUGAAAACACAAAAUAGUGGAGUUAUGGUAAAGACUGCCACUCAGAGCUAUGCAAGCGCAAGAGACAGAAAUCCCAUAUUAGCAGAAGUCACCUUUUAUGGAAUUCUCACAGACAUAAUUGAGUUGUAUUAUACCGCAAACCUCAAGUUUAUACUAUUUAGAUGCGAAUGGGUGGACAACAAAAAGGGGCUUAUUGUGGAAGAUGAUUACUCUUGUUAAUUUUUCUCAGCUACUCUACAAAAGGAAGCACCCGUCAAAUGAACCUUUCAUCUUUGCUUCUCAAGCUCAACAGGUGUUUUAUGUCCAUCAUCCAAUGGCAAAAGAAUGACAGAUUGUAGUUGAAAUUAAACCAAGAGGUUUUUAUAAUUUAGGUGAAAACAAACCAGCAAAUGAGCAAAUGGAAGAGCACAUGGAAUUGUGGCCCGAACAACAACUGGAUGAUACUAUAUUUGAAAACGAAGAGGAUAUUAAAUGGGUUAGAGAAGGUGUUUCGGGAAUAGAAAUUGACCCGCUUACUUUGGAAAGUAUUGAAACAUAUGAUGAAGAAGAUAACAUAUCUUAGUUACUUUUAUUAUUUUUGUCACUAUUUUAGUAAAAGAUUGUUAUUAAACAUAGAUCAUCGAGUUGGGGAAUUCUUAUUAUGCUUUUUAGUUGUUUAAAUUUCACAUGCGUAUACGUCUUUUUGUUUGGCCUGCUAGUUUUGAUAUUAUUUUAUACGUCUGGAUAGUAGAAUUCUCUUUUUAUUUAUUAUUUAUCGUGAAUGGGGGACUCAUUACACAUAGUAUGCCCGAUCAGCUAAUUUUUUUUUCAAUUUUGCAGAAACUAUAAUUUUUGAGCAACUUUGUUGUGAUGGCAAGAAAAAGACAGAAAUUCCAGUCAAAAAAUGCUUCUGCCUGAUUUUUCGGAGCAACAAGAAGAACAAAUGGGCGGUGCGGCGAUGCCUCAACCACCUCAAAACUGACCACAAAAUGAAGGACAAGCUAUCCGAUCUGCUAAAUCAAGAAAUGAUUCACAUGAAACAGAAAAUUUCCCAGACUCUAGUGCUAAUGAAGAGCAAUCUAAGCGACCUGUCCUACUAUGAUGCACUCAGGAUGGGGAAAAGAUGGUGGCAUUUUACAUGUUGAGUUGAAUAAUCUUAGUCAAGCUAUUGGACCUGAUGCAGCUAGAUUGAGUUCAAAACUUGGAGUCAUAGCAAGAAAUGGCAUUUUAGCUCCUUUAAAUCAUAAAGAUUGGAGGCUUGUGCCUAAACUGUACAAGAAUAGGAUAUGGGCUCAUAUUAAGGAAAAUACUGAUGCAACCGAGGAUAUGAGAUGUAUGUUGAUGAUAUCGGUUGGAUCUAAAUGGAAAGAAUGGAAGCAUGAAGCAAAAAUGAUUGGUUAUGAGCCAUACAACAACGAUAUCGAGCGCUUAGCUAAACGUCCAGACAGGGUAGAAGAAGACCAGUGGCGUGCAUUAGUUCAUUAUUGGAGCUCUAAUGAAGCAAAGGAAAAGACCGUGAGGAACAAAGAAAGUCGAAGGAAGUUGAGUAUGCCACACACAUCAGGAAGAAAAAGUCAUUCUCAAAUUAUAGAUGAUAUGACAAAGAAGAAUGGUGUAAAACCAAGUCGUAUCGAGGUAUUCAAAGAAACACAUACGAGAAAGAAUAAACAACCAGUAAAUGAGAUAGCUGAUGAAACUAUGAAAGAAAUGGAUGAACUUGCUAAGGUGUAUCCCGAGUUAAAUGUCCCAGGAAGUGCUCCCAAUGAUGUGUAUGCACAGGUUAUGGGACCAGACACUUAUGGAAAUGUUCGAACUUUAGGAAAAGGAGCAACUCCAAGUUUUGUUUAUGGCCCUACAUAUAAGCGAUCCCAGGCUGAGCAAAGAGAUUUUGAUAGAAGGGUUGAGAUAGAAGUUCAAAAAGCUACCUCCGCUAUGCAAAUUGCAAUGGAAGAAAAAUUGUCUGAAGCAAAAGAAGAAAUAGAAGCGACUGAGAAAAAGUUAUUUGAAGCAAAAGAAGAAAUAAAAGCGUUGGGGGAAAAAAUGUUAGAAGCAUCAAAGGAUAUGGAUGCAAAAAUAGAGGAUAAAGUAAAGCUGGGUAUACAUGCAUAUCUAGAAUCAUUGGGUAUUACUAUUGGCUCAAUUAAGAAAUUAUCUAGUGAUGUGCAGGUUUCUGAUAACUCAAUGGACGAUCACCAACAAUCACUCUCACUCGUUUCACUUGUUCACACAAAGAUGGUUAACAUAAUCAAGAAGACUGGAGUUAGUGAAGUUGGCACAAAGAAAAAGAAGCGGCAUUCUUGAAGGAAGUGAUGUCAAUUACUGUCAGUGAAAAGCUUGACUGUGGACAGUUGGUUUUAUAAGAUUUAGUCUAGAAGUUGAGGAAAAUUAAUUUGAAUUAGGAGUAAUCUUAAAGUACUUACAUAUUGAAAUUACUAUCUUUUAUGAUUUAGUUGGAUUUGUGUUUUACAUGAGAACAAAUCAUUUGAUUUGACAUUAUUUAUCUUGUAAUAAGUACGUUUUAUAUUGCUACUUUGUUCUUUGGUUACUGUGUUAAAAGAUAUUUGAUAUACAUUUA